UGACAAUAAAAUAAAACGCGGUAAAUGCUUGUAAGCAAACUUAGUCGAGGUUUGCGAUUCAAAAUCUAGUGUUUGAAUAAUGUAGUGUUGUUAUAAUGAUUCGUGUUUUGUGGGUUUUUAUUUUAUUUAAAGUUAAUUCAGGAUUUGCAGUCCGAAUACUAAACUGCCCAAAAUCGAAUAUAAAAUUCGAAAAAAUAAUCGGCCUGCCAUCGUCCAGCAACCAGAAUGACCAAAAACUGCUAUUCCAACUGAACCAAAAUGACACCGACAGACCGAUCACGAUCGACUGUCUAGUUAAAUGUCAAUCGAAUGACGCGUGCCAAAGUUUCGUGCUCUACUACGACAAAUUCGAGUGCUACUGGUUCGAUAAUGACGUCACGGCAGUAAGCAGAGAUGGAAAGAGACUUGAAAAUGAUAUAGACAACGAUGCUGCGUGGUUUGUGAAAACUUGUCUUGGAGAAGAAAAAGACUGCAAACGUUUAUGGACAUUCGAAACAAUCCGUGGAGCUACCCUAAUAGGCAAUGACACAAAAAAACUACCAAACAACGUAUCCAGGACUGAAUGCGAGCAACUUUGCUUGAAUGAAACAAACUUUGAAUGCAAAUCGGUCAAAUUUAAAGUCAGCUUUAACUAUUCUUUAACUCAACAUAAUGAAAGUGUAGGAUCGUGUACAUUGAGUGAUAGUGAUCGUCAUUUGAUGCCCAACGCUUAUAGAGUAUCAACGUUUGAUGAUUAUUAUCUAGAGAAUAUGUGCAGUGGUAUUGAGGAGACUGAAAGGGAAACCGAUUCCACCGAAUACUGCGCCUACGAAGAAUUUGAAAAGUUAUACCUCAAACACAGUGACCUAAUGUUUUCUAACAAAUCGAAAGAAGACUGUCAACAUGAGUGCGAUACAUAUGCAGGAUUCAACUGUAGGGGAUUUAGUGUCUUGAAUGGAAAUACUGAAAUAUGUAUUCUGCAUAGUGAGGAUACUAAAAUGCGGGGCCCUAGAAUACUUACCAGCAGCGAAAGGGCUACAUAUUAUGAAAAAGCUAGAUGUCUUGACAUUAACGUUUCAUGCAGCGAUAGUACCAUGACAGUACGUUAUCAACCCGAAACGGAUUUUCGCGGAAAAUUGUACAUGCAAGGCUAUUCUGAAAGUCCCGCAUGUUAUGUCGUAGGUCAAGGAAAAUUUACGGUGGUAACUUUGAAAUUGCCGUUACUCGCUAGCCAAUGCGGUAUCAUUAAAGCUGACAGCAGUACUAAUAGAACCCUAUUGUCAGGUACGUUAAUCAUUCAGUACAACGCAUUUAUUCAAACUCAAUCGGACAGGAUAUUGAAAGUGGGAUGUAUUUUUGGGAACCAAAGCCAAGUGGUCGUUGGUACCGGAGUGACAGUCGCAUUAAGUCUGCCGAGCAAAGGAAGUACCAUCAUCAAUACGGCUUUGAACGAUACCAUAGCACCAAUAGUUGAAAUGAAAGUCGUCGAUCUUAGAACACAAGAAGAAACCACCGACACUCAAAUUGGUCAAGAACUUGAACUAAUUAUCGAGCUCAAAGAAAAGACUAAUACCUAUGAUCUCUGGGCAAGCCAUUUAAUAGCUAUGACUGAAAAAGGAGAUGAAUCCAUAUUUUUACUAGACGAUCGUGGAUGCCCAACAAACCUAAAUAUUUUUCCUUCAUUAUCGAAAGUCGUCGCAAACGGCACCAGGAAACUCGUUGCCGCUUUUCAAGCAUUCAAGUUUGCAGUAUCGCCUAUUCUUAGAUUCAGCGUCAUCAUACAGUUUUGUUCUUACGAGUGCCCGCCAAUUAAAUGUGAGAAAGGUCUAGAAUCAUUUGGGAGACGUAAAAGAGAAAUAAGGUUGCACCUUCUAGAGACAAUAAACGGAAAUAAAAUGGUCCGUGCAAAUAUUCCAGAAAACUACAGUGAUUUCGAAAUUAAAUCAUCCGUGGCCAAUCAAAUGCCUCUGGAGUAUAUGAUGAUUGUGAGAGAUUCGAAUUCGGUUCCUAAUAAGCUAGUUUUGGGAAACGAACAAGGGACGAUAUUGGUCGCUGGCUAUAAUUAUGCAACAAACGAAGUUUGUAUGGACUAUUCGCUAGUCAUCGGCCUAAUAGUAACUUGGAUAAUUGUUCAGCUCAUAUUUAUUAUAGCUUGCAUCGCUCUGGUGAAAAAAUACAAGAAUCACUAUAUGCAGGAAUACAGCAGAGCGUCAGUGGAAAACUUGCACAAGAAUUUCGGACUGGGGUUUAGUAAUCUUGAAAACAGACGAGUGAGAUGGGCGGAUACUAGUGAUAUUAUGUAAAAGAGACAUAUUUAUGUUAAUAAAUU